AUGGGUUCAGAGACGUUCUUAGAAGUUAUCUUAGCAAUAUUGCUUCCACCUGUUGGAGUCUUCCUCAGAUAUGGCUGUGGAGUGGAGUUCUGGAUAUGCCUGUUGCUGACAAUUUUGGGAUAUAUACCUGGCAUUAUAUAUGCCAUUUAUGUCCUCGUUGGAUGAUACUUCACAUAUCUGCUCUGUUUUUUUCCCUUUAAUAUUUUCACCGGUUUACGCAUGUGGGUUCGACUUUACUGUAUCUUCUGUUCCCCAUCUGUUGUCUUUAGAAAGAUAGACGUUUUAGCUGUUCUUAAUAGAAUGAUAAUAAUUAUUCUGUAGAUGCAACAGGCUUUGUGAUCUGCAUUGUACUCUAAGUUGUUCAGUUCA